AUGGCGCCUGUUGAACGCGGCUUGAUCACCUUCUUCGUCGACCGCAUCUACGGUUGGUGGUCCGGCUUACCCGCAGAAACGAGCAGCUACACAACCACCUUCAUCCAAAUCCCAACCAACGAUGUAAAACUCGCUGCAACCCUCUACCAACCAACAACUCCCCCCCUCGGCACCAUCCUUAUCCGCACAUCCUACGGCAUCGCACCGCUCAUGGCUCUCAGCAACGCACGCAUGUUCGCUUCAAGAGGCUAUCAAGUCCUCCUCGCCGCCUGCAGAGGUACACAUCCCUCCGACGGGCAGGAAAUCGUCCCAGCAGUUCAUGAAGCACAAGAUGGUCUUGCGACCGUUGUUUGGAUGCGUGAACAGACGUGGUACACUGGAUCUUUCGCUACGUAUGGAGGAUCGUACCUUGGACAUACGCAGUGGGCUAUUCUGACGGAUCCACCGCCGGAUAUGAAAGCUGCUGUUAUAAGUACUGGUCCAGUGGACUUUGGUGCUUUUACCUGGGGCACUGGGGCGAUGGAAACACAUAUGAUUGCGUGGGCGGCUUUGAUGACUGCUCCAAAGCGGGGUAUCACCCCUGGCUUGCCGUAUAUCAGGAAAUUGCCGAAAAUACUGCAGCCUGUUUAUGAUUCUCUGCCUCUGAUGGACGGUAUCAAGGAUCAUAUGCAGAAUAAGGAGCCGCCUUGGCUGGAAGAAUUGAUCAGUCAACCUGACACAUCGACUCCUUUUUGGUCGCGGGCUAAUCAGAGUGCUGCGCUGAAAAGGGCAAAGAUUCCAAUCUUGCAGUCUACAGGCUGGAACGAUAGCGUUCUGCCCAUGGUUCUGGACCAGCACCGUGUUCUGGUGGAACAAGGAGCACCCGCCUUUCUGACCAUCGGUCCAUGGUCACAUCUUGGUUCACAACAAGGCCCAACAUUGGUUGAGGGCUUAAAGUUCUUCAAUCACUAUCUUGCCGGCCAGGGGACCGCUCCUAGAACAUCAUCUUGUCGAGUCUUCGUUACAGGUUCGAAUGAGUGGCGAGAUAUGGCCAGCUGGCCUCCAUCCCCUUCGUCCACGCAAACCUUCUACUUAUCCCUAGAAACCCUCAGCAAAGAACAGCCGCUUGAGCAAGUGUCAAUCUCAACGUUCAGAUUCUACCCCAAUGAGGCGACUCCUUCAAUCGGUAUGCCCCGACCAUUCGACGAUGUCCAACCUACAAACUACAACGACACUGAACUCCCAAAACGCUCAGAUGUUGCAGUUUUCGAUACCACGCCACUAGACAGGGAUGUAGAAGUCUGCGGCAAACCAUUGAUUGAACUUCAUCACACCACCGACAAUCCACACGCGGAUAUUCUAGUCCGACUUAGCGAAGUCAACAGCAGGGGAAAGUCUAGACGUAUAAGCGAUGUUUACAGGCGACUGGAUCCUGCAAGAGGUCCUGAGCCGCUGAAUCUUGCAUUGGUGGAUUGCGCCCAUGUUUUCCGCAAGGGGAACAAGAUCCGAUUGAUCAUCGCUGGUGGUGCACAUCCAGCGUACAUGCGAAAUCUGGGAAGGGGUGAGAAUCAGGCAUAUGGGGUGAGCAGUGCGCCGGCAAUUCAUACGAUUCACCAUUCUAAAGACGCUGCCUCGAGAUUGGUUCUCCCUGUCACGGCUUCAUAUUAG